AUUUCGUGUUUUAUUUUGUUAUUCAAUAAUUACUCUAAAUCCUGCAAAAAUUAAAGUUUUUAGAACGUAACUAAAUAUCAAAUAAAAAAUGCAAAUCAAACCUGCAAAUGCUACUGUAGCUGCCUUCCUGUCAAGACCUGAUUAGGUAAUCCUACAUAAUGAUUAUUCUAGAUUUUUAGCCAUGAUGGAAGCUGAGAUGAGUAACGAUGCAGGAGGGGUACCUGCUCCCACUAACGAAGAGAGGGUAGCUACAGUUACUGCAGUCGACCCAAGCGCACUUACUCCAACUGCUAUGAGGGGUCUCAGGGACAUCGGAUCACAGGCAACUUGGUGGCUGAGCACAUGUAAACCGGGCUUUGGUGUGGAUCAUCUCAGAGACAACUCAUUAGAAACAUACUGGCAAUCUGAUGGACAACAGCCUCACUUUAUUAACAUAAACUUUAAGAGGAAGACUAGUGUUAAAUCUAUAUGUUUUUAUGUGGACUACAGACAGGAUGAGAGUUAUACUCCUUCCAGAAUAUCUGUUAGGGUCGGUAACAACAUGUUAGACCUAGUUGAAGUUGCUAAAGUGGAAAUGGUGGAACCUUCCGGCUGGAUUAAUGUCGACUUGGAUUCUGGGAAAGACGAUUCAGUCAGGGCCUUCAUGUUGCAGGUAGCGAUAUUAUCAAACCACCAGAACGGACGAGACACCCACCUACGACAGGUAAAAGUGUACACCCCUGCCCUCUCAACACCCUCCCAACUCAACCUCAACUUUACCAGCCCUCUACUCGCCCAGUUCAGGGACCUCAAGUAGACUAACGUGGUGGUGAAACGAGCGUUUGUUGUUAGUGUAUGGUCUGCUCUGUCAGGUACACUGGCACAGGGCCGGGCCUAAUGUUGUUCAGUGAUUAGAAGUGUAGUUUGUCUCUCAUUCUUUCUAAACUGCUGAAAUUCCAGGUACAUUCAACUUCUGACCUUGGAUUAUCUGAUUUGUAAGCUCAGAAACAAUACAGUAGAGAUAUUAGAAGCAAAAUCUAUUAAGAUCUACAGUCUACAUACUGUGCGGAAGAUACCAAACAUUCUUUGAUUUCAUUGAUUUGGGAUUGACUUCAAUAUCAGAAUACGAUUUGACAUUUAUUAAUAAAUUUGUCUUGUGAACUUGUGGCCGUAUCAGAUGCCAUUAUAUCCAAUCAUUAUAAUGAUGAGUUAAUAUUUAAGUUUUUGUUGCUGGUGAAUUUUCCUCUUUUUGUAUUUCAUAAAAAUAUAAAUGUUUAUAUGACGUCAUUGGAUAUUUAUUUUUAUUACGCUGUUUGUUAUUUGACUUUUUCAUUGCCAAUAUUGUUCGAAUUUCUCCAAAUUGUAUUUCAAUAAGC